AUGGAGGAUCAAAAGGCCCCAGAAACGAAAGAAGAGCCCGAUCUCCAAUACGUUCAAUAUGAACCUGCAAAAGAAGAGCAAUUCCUCCCCGCAAUCCGCCAAUUGAUCUCCAAGGACCUUUCCGAGCCAUACAGUAUCUAUGUGUACAGGUACUUUCUCUAUCAAUGGGGUUAUCUAUGCUAUAUGACCCUAGACGCCAACAACAGCCUGAUCGGCGUAAUAGUCUGCAAACUCGAACCCCACCGUUCCGGCACAUUCCGCGGCUACAUCGCGAUGCUGGCAGUACAAGAAACCUACCGCGGUCGAGGCAUCGCUACGAACCUCGUACGGCUGGCCAUCGAAGCCAUGGCCUCGCGCUCCGCCGACGAGAUAGUCUUAGAGACUGAAGUCACAAACACUGCGAGUCUGAAGUUGUACGAAAGAUUGGGCUUUCUGAGAAGCAAAAGAUUACAUCGGUAUUACCUCAAUGGGAAUGCGGCAUUCAGGUUGAUCCUGUAUUUGAAGGAGGGGACAGCGCUUAAAAGGCCUGAUCCUGCUGGACAGGGACACGGGCAUGUGCAUGAGCAUGGGCAUGAGCAUGGGUAUGGGAUGGGUAUAGAAUCAGGGAUGACCUCCUGA